GCAGUACAAAAAGAAGUAGCCGCGAACAUGGCGUCCUCUUACUAUCAAGAAAUGCAGGAGAAUUUCAGAAAUAACAACAAAAGCCGCGAGUUUCCCGCUCACAGCGCCAAAGUUCAUUCAGUCGCCUGGAGUUGCGAUGGAAAGCGACUGGCUUCGGGCUCGUUUGACAAGACAGCGAGUGUUUUUGUCCUCGAAAAAGACCGCCUGGUGAGGGAGAAUAACUACCGAGGUCAUGGAGACAGCGUUGACCAGCUGUGCUGGCAUCCAACCAACCCAGACCUGUUCGUUACUGCAUCAGGUGAUAAGACCAUACGGAUCUGGGAUGUGCGCACGACUAAAUGCAUGGCCACGGUCAGCACUAAAGGAGAGAACAUUAACAUAUGUUGGAGUCCUGAUGGUCAGACCAUAGCUGUUGGGAACAAGGAUGAUGUGGUUACUUUCAUUGAUGCCAAGACUCACCGUCCACGUGCUGAAGAACAGUUCAAGUUUGAGGUCAAUGAGAUUUCCUGGAACAAUGACAAUGAUAUGUUCUUUCUGACAAACGGCAAUGGCUGCAUCAACAUCUUGAGUUACCCCGACCUAAAGCUCAUUCAGUCAAUCAAUGCUCAUCCAUCCAACUGCAUCUGCAUCAAAUUUGAUCCCACCGGCAAGUACUUCGCUACUGGAAGUGCGGAUGCCCUCGUCAGUCUGUGGGAUGUUGAAGAGCUGGUGUGUGUUCGCUGUUUCUCAAGGCUAGACUGGCCGGUGCGAACCCUGAGUUUCAGUCAUGAUGGCAAAAUGUUGGCAUCAGCCUCUGAGGAUCACUUCAUUGACAUUGCUGAGGUGGAGACAGGAGAGAAGCUUUGGGAGGUCCAGUGUGAGUCUCCAACAUUCACUGUCGCCUGGCACCCAAAGAGGCCGUUGUUGGCGUAUGCAUGUGACGAUAAAGAAGGGAAGUAUGACAGUAAUCGGGAGGCAGGGACUGUCAAGCUUUUUGGACUUCCUAAUGACUCAUGAGGAGUAAUUUUAGUCAUGGACCUGACUGUUAACAACUACAUCAGCUGUAGUUAGCCAUACUGUAGUUAGGCUGCACCUCUCCACACACUGGCUUUGCUCUUUUAAUAAUGGAAGAGAUCAUCAUCCCUGCAAGUCCAUUGUGUGCUGGAAUUGUUUCCUACAUUUUGGGGGUUUUUAAGACUCCAGUUGCAUUCUUAUGUUGGUGCUUAAUUCUGUUACUGAGUACCAACAGAAUAGCAGUCUGGUGAAAGCUUAUUGGUUACUUACUAUGACUCUUACAAAGUGGAUCACCAUUUAAAUUUGUGUCAAUUUUAAAGCUGAAAACAUGAUGAAGCAAGGACUAUAAAGAGAAACAGCACUUACACAAAGUGUAAUCUAACAGUGGAUGUCAUUUGGAUCAAGCAGUUUGUAGAUAUUCUUAGCAUUUAUGUAGAGUUCCUAUUGCAGUGGUUCUCAACUCCAGUUCUGGGAUCAGUUUCAAGUUUUUCCUGCCUCAACACAUGAAAGGCUUGAUAAUUAGCUGUUGGGAUUAGUGUGCUGACGCAAGAAAUACUUGAAACUUUGCAGAGCAAUGGGAUCGCAGGACUGGAGCUGAACACCCCCGCUUUCAUCAGCUACUACUUAUUUGUGUCAUUUUUGGAUAUGGCCACCGGAGGGCACCAAGGAGCAUUUCAGUGCACUGUUAUCUGUUGUUCUUCAGUGUAGGCAUUCCCAAGUGUUUUUUCUUUUGUAUGGUGUUUUAUUAAAUAAACAAUGUUUUUUGUAAUAUCAAUAAUUUAUUUACCAUGUUUAGGCUGGCAGACCAUUGUGUGUAUCAGGUAGUGUAGGUUACUGAUCAGUCUGUUUCCCACAAACUCACUGAGAAGGGGAUCAAAUUGAGUAGUAUUCCUGUCGUGGUUUGCUGUGGACUAAAACAGGACGGAUAUCUUGGCCUAUUCUGCCUAAAUCAAUCACUGAAAUUUGAAAGUCAUUCAGAAUGGUUUGAUGUGAAAUGAGUCAUUGUAGAGGAACUUGUCAAUAGUGGUGCCGACUAUCAAACACAAAUGUAGCUGUUUUAUUUGCUAUAGAAGUGAGCAGUGAACCUAUGUGAAUGUGUCUUCUGAGUUUUAUAUGUAAUGUUAAUGGUAAAUCUGAAAAAAGUUUUCUCUGGGUGCUGUUAUGUCUCCACCAUGAAUUUAAAAAAAAAAAGUCAAAAUUAUCGUAAAACAAUGUCUCAAACAUCAGAAAUUUCAUAAU